CCCAUCGACUUACUACCACCCAUUCCCACGACCACCCCGCCCACCACAUCGGCCCCGUCCCACUCUCCCCCUCUCCCCCUUCCCUCCCUCCGGCGAUGUUUCCCCUCAUGCCCGAACCCCUCGCGCCUGCGCGUCCAGAGAUCGCCGAGGCCGCACCAUACACCGCCUGCGGCUGCGUCCACCACCGCCAGGUGCAGUCGGCGCCCACCUCGCCGCUGCCCGCGCUGCGUAGCCCAUCACAGCGCUCCCGUCUCUUCGCCGAAGCGUCCGAAGCGCGUCGCCGCUUUAAUCAGUGCCGCGACUGGGCAUCAAUCGUCUCCGGCGCAGCGCGCGACGCCGUCCACUUCAAUGUUGUCGACCAUGGCUCGCCAUAUGCCAGCGGCCAGCGCACCCUCCCUGCCUUUUACUAUGACCCGGACGCGCACGAGCCCGCCGCCCUCAACCCCACACAGUGUGGUCCGGGCUGCACAUCAUCCCGCAGGGACAAGGAUACCGAUACGAAGCCUAUUGCGAAACGGCCCGGCGCCGGCGUCAGCAUCAAAGUUGAGGAACACGAGGAGCACGAGGAGCAUGAGGAGCGUGAGGAGCACGAGCCCACCGCCCUCGGGUUACGGUUCCGGCAUUACCGGCCGCACGGUGCGGAACGCGAGUAUCAGUACGCGCGUAUCGAAGUGCUGGACGAGAAGCCUCGGCGACUGCACGUCGAGCCGCACUUGGAAGGCUCGGCACUGCGCAAGCGCCGUCGGUCGCCGCAUGCCGCCGCCGCCGCCGCCUCGGCGCCGCCAGCUCAGCGCGUCAAAGUCGAGCCCCCGUCACCGCGCCGGCCAAGCUCCGUGCCGGCUCCCGCACGUGCAUCCGGAAGUCGACACGAUCGGCGCACAGAGCCCCACCCCCGAUCUCGAGUGAGCGAGCCCCCACGCGCGCACGAGCACCGCCAGGCCCGCCAAGAGCGAGACCGCCGCGCUCAUUCCCCCCGUCCCUCACCCCCUCGUGUCCAGGCGCUGCCCAUGAGGGUCGUCCUGUCCACCCAGUCAGCGCCCGAUACAACCGCAGGCGCCGACGCCGACCAUGGCCGAGCACCCGACCAGGACUCUCCGAAGCGGAUAUGCGAUCCUCUCCCUAGCAUCGGCGGUCUGUGGUGUGCGCGCGACACUCGGCACCACACGUCUUCUCAUCCUCCUUCGUCCUCGAAAAGCAAUUCACGCAAAGCACCUUGAGCAACCACUCGCCUGCGCGCUUGCAAUCGCUUGCCCUUGGACCAAAUCUCAAUACCUCACACCACUCCCACUCCCAUAGAUCAUAGAAUAACCCACAUUUCCAUUAAUUACAUACAUGCCCCCGGACAACAUUCAGUCAACCCAUAGAGACACAGUUGUACUACUUCAUGUUACAAUACUUCUCCUCUGCUCGUCAAAUGCGCCUGC